ACACAUUUAAACUACCAACGAAGUAUCAAUCUGAAUCAUUUCACAUAGUUUAGAGCAAUAAAUUUGAACUUUUGCGCCCUUGCUUGAUUGAUCUUUGUGACACACACCUAGUUGUAGAGCUUCAGUUUUAAAUACCUUAACUUGUUUUACUCUCUGUAAUCUGCAAGAAUAGUAUGUCAGGUCCAGAGUGUUGUGAAAACCCACCAAACCUGAGUUGUGGUAGUGGUGGAGAAGCUGGACAUGUCCAACAACUUGGAGGCUUCAACUCCUAUAUUUCUGGCUCUGCUGAUUCCCCCCGUGCUGUUCUCCUUGUUUCUGAUGUUUUUGGAUAUGAAGCUCCAAAGUUGAGAAAGCUCGCAGACAAAGUUGCAGCAGCUGGCUUCUAUGUAGUAGUCCCUGAUUUCCUCCGUGGUGAUCCCCAUGUAGCUAAUGAUGAGAGGCCUUUGGAAGUAUGGAUAAAAGAUCAUGGACCGGAUCAAGGGUUUGAAGAUGCAAAACCAGUUAUUGAAGCUAUAAAGAGCAAAGGUAUAACUAAAAUUGGAGCAGCAGGCUUCUGUUGGGGAGCUAAGGUGGUUGUGGAACUAGCAAAAUAUGCUUAUAUCCAAGCUGCAGUGCUAUUGCAUCCUUCAUUUGUGGCCGUAGAUGAUAUGCACGCGGUUAAGGUUCCAAUAUCAAUAUUGGGGGCUGAGAUUGAUCGAAGAUCUCCACCAGAGCUUGUCAAGCAGUUCGAGAUGGCCUUAAAUGCUAAGCCCGAGGUUGACGCAUUUGUGAAGAUUUUUCCCGGGGUUGCACAUGGCUGGUCUGUGAGGUACAAUGACGAAGACGAAGUGGCUGUAAAAUCUGCUCAAGAGUCUCAUCAAGACAUGUUGGGAUGGUUUGAGAAACAUCUCAAGUAAAAUAUGCUUUUACUGUAAUCCAUGUAUUCCUUGUGUGUGUGUGUGGUGAUAAGGUUAGAAGGGUUUUCUCUGCAGCAAAUGAUUCCAUCUGCAUCUUGUCUGGAAUAUAGAUUUCUCAGCAUGAGAACUGUCUUUGUGUUUGGUUUAUGCAUAAUUUGCAAAAUCCAUCAAUAUGACCAUUUGAAUAACGUACUAAUCGAUUAAACUCUAGUUAGAGUUUA